CUCAAAGCCCCCUCCAUCACAUACUUUUCUCUUUGUUCCAUCAAAGUGGAACAAAGUGGAGCGGAAGAGAAGUACAAUCAACAUUAAGAAGCACUACUGUUUGAAACAUGCUAUCUCAUGGUUUCCUCUUCGCUGUUAUCCAUCUGUCAGCAUUCGUCCAUUGUAAUGUCCGCGUGGAGCAGCAGCCAUCAGCAGUGCAUCAAACAAUUGGAGAAAAUACCACCAUGUUCUGCGAGAUUUCUGCAGACGGAGGAGAGAAUAUUUCCAUUUGCCACGUAGAGUGGUACAGGAAGAGUGAGGACGGAUGGCCAGAGGUCAAACAACUCUCGCAGUUCAGAGGACGAUUUCACGAGCUCACGGACAGCAGCCGGUGGAGUGGUAGCCUCUCACUGACCACACUUGAAGUGAACGACACCGGCAAGUACUAUUGCAAUUACAUCUGCCGGAUUGAUGGGAGAAUGUUUCAGCAUAAUGGACGUGGCACAAACCUCAGUGUCCAUGAAGAGGCUACUGCAACAACAGAUACUGUUAUAACAACUAACACAGUUUAUACAGAUGCAUAUACUGAGAAAACCACAGAUGACAUUCUUUACACCUUCCUACUUUUUCUUCCAUUAUCAUUAAAGCUGGUUGUGACUGUGUUUUUGUGCACUUACACGUUGUUUUCAUUUUAUGUCCAUUGUUACUGCUGGUUAUCGUUUACUCAUUUACAGAAUUUGAUUCUUUAUUAAACCUCUCUGUCUCCUACCUGUUUCACCCCAGGGUUUGUUCAUCAUAACAGAUGUGCAGUUUUUUCCAUUAGCAUCAGAUGACUGGUUUCCGCUUUCUGCAAACUUAAGACCAUCUACACCCACCAGGAAGGAUGUGUCAAACUGUUUCUUCUGUGCAUUCAUAAGAAAUGGAAAAUCUGAUUAUGAUAAUUUGUGACAACUAUAGACAAUGUUAAAUAUGUACAUACAUGCUUGUAUAAGUCAACAGAACAGAAACCUAAAGCCUCACUCAAGUAUACACUGUUACUUCAAUAAAAUAAUGACC